CUGGUCCGGCUUUCCAAGAGCCGCUCGCUGCCCAUUCAUCGGACGGUCAACAUAUUGGAAGCUUAAGACCGCCACCGCCCAUAUCCUCCCAAGAUCUCGCCCUUUCUUAUGCUGCUUCUUCGAACUUCUGAAUCGUAACAUAGUUCCUCCAUACUGAUGGCGAGGAUCUGAAAGCUUCGGUUGCUGCGGCGGGGGGCAGCAAUGGACUCAUCUCGGGUGAUGAAUGUCGAAAGAUCGUCGCUGUGCAACUGCGUGGUAAACUUCUUGUUGGAGGAAGGCUAUAUGCUGACCGCCUUCGAGCUCCUCCACGAGCUAAUCGAAGACGGACGGGAUGACCAGGCCAUCCGCCUUCGCGAGUACUUCUCGGACCCUUCCCUCUUUCCUUCUGAUCAGAUUGCCCGCUUCAAUUCCAUCAGAGCUGCAGAUCCACAAACUUUACUUGAGGAGAAACUAGUAGUGGAAGAGAAAUUGGCGGUCACUGAAUAUGAGCUUCGUUUAGCACACGAAGAUGUCACAAGGCUCAAGUCAGAGUUAGAAAACAUAAAUGAAGCUCUUCCUGAUGAAUCUCCUGAUGCUUCUAUAGCUAAUGGCCCGAAAAAUCAGCGAGAGAAAGAGAGCAACUUUUCUUCUUUAGGCCCAUUGAAGGAUGCUGAGCGCAAAGAUCUUAACUGUGCUGUCAAAGAAUACUUGCUUUUUGCUGGUUACCGGCUCACAGCAAUGACAUUUAUUGAAGAGGUUACUGAUCAAAAUCUUGAUGUUUGGCCCAAAAGCUCAGCUUGUGUCACUGAUGCUUUGCGUCGUUAUUAUUAUCAGUACCUCUCAUCAACUACAGAAGCUGCUGAGGAAAAGAUAUCCCUUCUUCAAGAAAAUGAAUCACUGAUGAAGGAAACUGUAAGGCUCAAAAUGGAGAGGGACUCCUUGGUGAAAAAUAAAGAAUUAGUUGAUGGUCAGUUAGCUAGUUUAUCAAAGUAUUUGGAAGCUGCACAGAAGGACCUUAAAGAAAGGGAUCUUCUGGUUCAAGUUCUUAAGCAGUCACUGGAACUUCAGAGGAAGGAAUUGAAUGAGUGCAGAGCUGAAAUUACAUCUCUGAAGAUGCACAUAGAAGGUUCCCGUGCAAGUAGAGGAUGGCAUAGCGCAGAAAUUGAAGAAAUAAAAUCGCCAUGCAUUGAAAAAAAAGAAGAAACUACAUUCCAUCAUAUGGAAACCGAAAGCACAAAAGUAAUAAAAGUUUUGACAGACAGUUCUAAGCACAUGGCAAGCCAUGGUGAAGAUACCCAACCAGAAGAAAAGGUACUUGAGAUGAAUGAAGCAGGCAUGAUGUCAAAUUCUCUUCCUGGUUCACAUGUGGAGAUUAUUGGAGAUGUUAUUGUUGGGCAUGAAUGUGAUAAAUCCAAACAGAACACUGUAAUUUCUGAUGGAUCGGGGGUGUCCUGUAAUGGAAAUGAUGAUGAAAAGAAAGAAAAAUAUAUUGGCCAGAUUGUUGAAUCAAAAGCACCGGAAGUUAAUUGCUUAAUACAAAAAACAGACAGUCCAAGGAGGGUAACAACAACUGAGCAAAUGGCGUUCGAGACAAUCCAGAUUGUUUCAGAUGCUCUGCCUAAGAUCGUUCCUUAUGUUUUAAUCAACCAUCGUGAGGAACUUCUUCCUUUGAUUAUGUGUGCAAUUGAGCGGCAUCCAGAUGGCAAAGUAAGAGACUCUUUGACGCACACAUUAUUUAAUCUUAUUAAGCGGCCAGAUGAGCAGCAAAGACGAAUCAUAAUGGAUGCUUGUGUUAGCCUAGCCAAGAAUGUAGGACAGAUGAGAACUGAAACAGAGUUGCUUCCACAGUGCUGGGAACAGAUCAAUCACUUGUAUGAAGAGAGGAGACUUCUGGUUGCACAGUCAUGUGGAGAGCUUGCUGAAUUUGUACGGCCUGAGAUUCGUGAUUCUCUUAUAUUGUCAAUAGUACACCAGCUAGUUGAAGACUCUGCUAUUGUCGUGCGAGAGGCUGCCGCUCAUAAUCUGGCAAUGCUGCUUCCACUCUUCCCAAAUAUGGACAAAUAUUUUAAGGUUGAAGAGCUGUUGUUCCAAUUGGUAUGUGAUCCUUCAGGAGCGGUGGUGGAUGCUACACUAAAAGAACUCCUUCCUGCUGUUAUAAGAUGGGGAGGCAAGAUGGACCAUGUUCUACGUGUUCUCCUCGCCCACAUGUUGGGUGCUGCAAAGCGGUGUUCGCCUAUUUCUGGGGUUGAAGGCUCUGUGGAUUCUCAUCUGCGUGUAUUAGGUGAACAUGAACGUUGGUGCAUCGAUGUUUUGUUGCGUAUGAUGAUGGAGUUGCUUCCAUUUAUCUUUCAACGAUGUAUUGAUACUUGUCCCAUAGCUUUUGCUACCGAAUCUAUCUCCAGAUCAGAACAAAAUGAUUCCUUUUUCUCAUCCUCCUUGCUUCAAUCGUAUGCUAAGAGCAAUGUGCAGUGGCCUGCAUUUGAUUGGAUUUACAUUGAUUGUUUUCCUGAUUUAAUUGAACUUUCCUGCUUCUUGCCUCAAAAGGAAGACAAUCUCAGAACCCGAAUAACAAAGAUCCUGUUGACUGUAUCAAAGCUAUUUGGAGAUGAAUAUCUUUCUGUUAUAAUGUUACCUGUUUUCCUUAUAUCAGUAGGGGACCAUGAAAGUGCUAUUUUGACAUAUUUCCCAGCUUCUUUCCUACCAAGAGUCAAAGGUUUGCAACCUAGAAAUGCUUUGGCAAAGAAAAUUGCCACCACAUGUGUCCUUCCUCUCUUGUUGUCUGGCAUUUUGGGUGCUUUCAGUAAUCAUGAAAGACUGUUGGAUUAUUUGCGGAAGCUAUUACUGCUUAACACAACAAAAGAGGGUGCUUGGUCUGCCAAUUGCAGUGCUGAGGUCAUUGAUGCAAUCCGUUUUGCUUGCACUUUCCAGGAGCAUCAUGGAACUGUUUUUCAAAUAGUAUGGGAAUUAGUCGCAUGCUCUGAUGAGAGCUUGAAGACAAGUGCAGCGAAUUUGUUAAAAGUCCUAGUACCUUAUACUGAUGUGAAACUUGCAUCGACUCAUGUCUUGCCAGCACUUGUUACGCUUGGUUCUGAUCAAAAUUUAAAUGUUAGAUACACAAGUAUAGAUGCAUUUGGCGUGGUGGCUCAGCAUUUCAAAAAUGAUGUGAUUGUUGAUAAAAUCCGCAUACAGAUGGAUGCCUUUCUGGAAGAUGGAUCACAUGAGGCCAUUAUAUCCGUUGUUAGAGCUUUAAUUACCGCAGUACCGCAUACAACAGACAAAUUGCGAGAAUAUCUUUUAUCCAAGAUCUUCCAACUGACAUGCAUGCCAUCUCAUGGUAAUGAUGUUGUUCGCCGUCGAGAUAGAACUAAUGCAUUUUGUGAGGCAAUCCGAGCUUUGGACGCAACAGAUCUUUCGUCGACCAGCGUGAGAGACUUUCUUAUACCAGCCAUACACAACUUACUGAAGGACCAUGAUAACCUCGACCCAGCACACAAGGAAGCACUCGAGAUCAUAAUGAAGGAAAGGUCAGGCGGAGCAUUUGAAAGCAUCAGCAAGGUUAUGGGCGCUCAUCUUGGAAUUGCUUCUUCCAUGACUAGUUUCUUUGGAGAAACCGCUCUCCGGGUGAAGAAAGAAUCAACAGACAUAAAUGAUCCUUCUUCCCCUCGUCAGGCAAGCUCACAGUCCCAGCAAGAUGACACAAGGUUCCGACGAAUUAUGAGGGGUGGCUUCGGUGAGAUGCUGAGAGGCAAACCCAGAGGCACUGAUGAUUCUCCAAAUUAGCUGGUGAUGGAUUUACUCAAGAUAUCUGAUAUCUUUUCCGGUCAAAAUCUUCCCUAUUUCAUAGUUCAUAUAAUAAUGAUUUCCAUAUUUUUACCAUAUAUUUGUAUCAAGCUUUAAUGGUUUAAUUUGCAUUUUUUAUUCAAAUAUAAUCAAUGGUUUAUUUGUGUAUCACAGUUUUGAGUUAACAGUUGAGUAGAAUAUCAUACAGAGAAACUGAGUUCCUUGUAAGAGUGUACUUCAACAUAGGUGGACAAUAAGCAUGCUCUGGUAAGCAUGUUAUGGAACAUUGUUAUACUUGUAUUGUUAUUUGUUUGUCUUUUAUGCUCAAGUUCUAUAGCAAUUUUGUGCUCUA